AUGUCUGACCAGACCUACUCAGAGUUCAAGCCUCUUCUCGACCAGAGUGUAGGGUACGGCGUAGUCGUUGGAGUUGGCUUCUUCUUCGCCUUCGUCAUGCUAGUCUUGACCACGCUGCAACGCAAAUUCUUCCGCUUCUCGCCUUCUUCCUCGGAAGAGUUUACACCAGGCCUUGUGUGCUGUGGGAUCGUCAGUGCCUGGACAUGGAGUGCUACCCUUCUUCAGUCCUCCACAGCAGCCUACACAUUCGGUGUUAGCGGUCCAUGGUGGUAUGGAGUGGGCGGAACGAUCCAGGUCGCGAUGUUUGGCAUGGUCGCCUCAAAGGUCAAGAUGAACGCCAACGGAGCACAUACCUUCCUCGAGAUCGCCAAAGCGCGCUUCGGCACAGGCGUACACCUCCUUUUCACUUUCUACGGCUUCCUCUGCGUCCUCAUAGUCUGCGGCUCGCUCCUCCUCGGCGGCGCGGCGACCGUAAAUGCGCUCACGGGGAUGAACAUCAUCGCAGCGUGUUUUCUCCUCCCCAUCGGCAUCGCGGUGUACGUCAUCUUCGGCGGCCUCCGCGCGACGUUCAUCUGCGACUGGAGCCACACGAUUAUCCUCUUCGUCAUCAUCUACACGUUUAUCUUUCGCGCUUAUGGGACGUCGCCCGAGCUUGGGAGCGUUUCUCGCCUCUAUGAGCUGCUGCAGCAGGCGUCGGCCGAGACGCCCGUGGUUGGCAACCAUGAUGGUAGUUACAUGACGAUGAAGUCGAACCAGGGACUCGUUUUCGGAGCGGCGACUAUCGUGUCGGGGUUUGCUGGGGUAUUUUGUGAUCAAGGAUAUUGGCAGCGGGCGAUAGCAAGUCAUCCGCAAUCAACAACAAAGGCAUACAUGCUUGGUGGCUUAUCAUGGUUUGCUGUCCCGUGGGCAUUUGCAUCGUGCAUGGGUCUGAGCGCUCGUGCGCUCGUCAACAAUCCAAAAUUCCCCACGUACCCUUCGCCACUCUCGCCCGAUCAAUCGAGUGCAGGUUUAGCUGCACCUGCUGCAGCAUCUGUGCUCAUGGGGAAGGGGGGUGCUGUCGCCGUGUUGUUAGUUGUUUUCAUGGCUGUGACUUCCGCCGCUAGCGCAGAGUUGAUCGGGGUCUCGAGUUUAUUCUCUUAUGACAUAUAUCGAACUUACUUCCGGCCUCGUGCAACUGGUGAGGAGAUUGUCCGAGCCUCCCAUUACUUCAUCUGCUUCUGGGCAGUAUGGAUGGGCUGUUGGGCCACUAUCCUGAACGCAGGAAACAUUGACCUCGGAUGGCUGUUUUACGUGCAAGGCGUAAUACUGAGCCCUGCGGUCAUCCCAAUUGCCCUCACCAUAUCCUGGUCCAAGCUCACCGAAGCCGGCGUCUUCUGCGGUGCGGUUGGCGGCGCCGUGCUAGGCAUGAUCGCAUGGAUGAUCGGCUGCUGGAAAAUAUACGGCGCCAUUACUAUCCCCAACCUCGCCGAACCCUACUCCGCGGUAUGCAGCGGACUCACCGGACUCCUGUUUUCGGGCCUUCUGACGGUGGUUGUAUCUCUUCUGAAGCCGGCAAAUUUUGACUUUGCGGCGACACGGGCGAUCAAGACGCUCGAUGCAUUGCCUGACACAAGCUCUGACCACGACGUCGAGUGCUCAGACGGGGCUGUCAACGUCAAAGAUGGUGCUUCGGAUCGAUUAGAUGGAAAACAAAGUUCGCAUCUCAAGGAUAUCGAGAAGAAUGUCGAAGUGCAUGCUAGCGAGGCACAUCCGGAAAACUUGGACAACGCGGAGAUGGCGACUCUGGAAAGAGUUUUCAAAAAGGCGCUUAUCUAUUCGUCCAUACUCACGUUCAUCGUCGUGAUCCUCGUACCUAUCCCGAUGUUCUUCUCUCAAUACGUCUUUAGCGAGAGGUUCUUUACCUUCUGGAUAGCCUGCACGAUAAUUUGGGCACUCUGUAGCGGAACAUUCUGCAUAAUCCUCCCGCUGGUGGAGUCGCGUCAUGAGAUGGUGUUCAUCCUGCGGGAGACAUACCGAGCCUUGCGAUAG